AAAAGCUGUCACACAUCCAAGAAAAGUGUCAAAGCUUUUUGGCAAUCUUCCGACAGCUAAGAAAAUGAGCCUUAGCGCAAAGGACAAAGCCGCAGUGAAGGCUUUCUUUAGCAAAACCAGCUGCAAGGCUGAGGAAAUCGGUAACGAGGUCCUCUCCAGGACUUUGGCUGUCUAUCCUCAGACGAAGACUUAUUUUUCCCACUGGAAGGACUUGAGCCCAGGCUCUGCCCAGGUGAGGAAGCAUGGACUGACGGUGAUGCAGGGAGUCCUCAAUGCUGUCGAACUGAUCGAUGACCUCAGGACGGGUCUGCUUAGCCUCAGCGAGCUGCAUGCCUUCAUGCUGCGCGUGGACCCCACCAAUUUCAAGAUCAUCUCGCAUAAUAUGCUGGUGGUCUUUGCCUUGAUGUUUCCCGUCGACUUCACCCCCGAGGUCCACGUUUCGAUGGACAAGUUCCUCGCACAGGUCAGCCUGGCUCUCUCCGAGAAAUACCGUUAAGGACGAUGCUCCUCUGUCUGUUUUCAGCUGAGACAGUGUAUUAGCCUUCAGUGCGUAUUGCAAAUAAAAAGCACUAAAUAAAA